AUGACGAACAAUAAAGAGAAUAUUACAAUUGUGAAGCCGAAAAGCCUGAGCAGAAAGAACUCUGAAUUAGACAUAGAAAAUCCUCUUUCAAUUCAAAGCCCAAGUAAGAGAAGACGUCGAGGACUCCUUGGAGUUUUCCCCCGCUUUAGGAAUAUUUCCGGAACUAGUAUCGACUCCGUUGAUGAGCGCGAAGAAAAAAGAGAGGAGAUGAUGACUUUUGAAGAGUUCCUCGGUCUCGGCGUAUCAAGGCAAGAGUCAUGCAGACAGUCGAAACGAAAGCGAAAGAUGCGCGCGAACGUUGUUACAGAGAUAGUAGAGACCGAACGAAGCUACGUUAAGAACUUGAAAGAGAUUCUCGAGGGUUACCGGCAGCCGGCUCUCUCCAACGAAAACUUUACUCAUGCGCAAAUCGAUCGCAUUUUCGGCAAUCUGGCGCAACUGUACUCAGUUCAGAAGGAUUUCCUCGCUCAGCUGGAGAGCGCCUUUGUCAAAGAUAAGCCCCAAAAUUCAAACAUUGGAGCUGUCUUUACUUCCCACGGAAAGCUACUGGAGAAGGAAUAUGUCAAGUACUGUCGCAAUUAUGGCGAUGCUAUUGUCGAACUGGCAAGGAUGGACACCUUGGAGGUCUUUUCAACUUUCUGGGAAAACUGUCGGAAAUCGCGAAAUCUGCCGCUCUUGAAACUUGCUGAUUUUCUUCUUCAGCCGGUCCAGCGUAUUUGCAAAUACCCGCUUCAUUUUACAGAGUUGUUAAAGUAUACAGAAGUCUACCACGGCGACUACCAGUCCUGCCAAUCAGCCGACCUAAUCAUGCGCGACCUCGCUCAGGUUGUAAAUGACCAGCGACGCGAGACCAAACAAUCCGAGCUCUCAAACAUCGAAAAUUGGACUGUGGAGGCCUCCUCCUCGCCUUCAAAGAAAGCGCAAUCAAGAGUGCUGUUCUCGUGCGACGUAAAGAAGGGACUCGACUCUCGCCGACUGAUCCUCAUUCCGGGCAAAAUUCUACUCUGCAAAAUCGAAGAAAAGACUAAUCUCAUCUUCGACGAGCAAAUUGACGUAAACCACUUGUCCGUCUCCUUCUCCGAGGAUAGUCUCCAAGUCGAGCUCAACUGCCACUUCAAAAAGUACACCCACGACGUCACUCUGGCUCUUAGCGACGAGAAAAGCUUCUCGCAACUGCGCAGUGAAAUCCAGCUCGAGCUCAAGUUCGCGAAUCCAACGGCGCUUGAUAACUGUCAUCAAGUGCUUCCGCUGCUGGAAAAGGCAAAGCCCGCUGCGCGCAAUUCCAUGUAUGUCUCUAGAACAGGCCCGGCGGAGCGGGUUGUUGUUCAGUUGGCGCUCACUUUUCGAAGUUGGAAAGUCCGCGCCGCACCGCUUUCAGAAGCCCCAGAUCAUCAGGCCGUCAGCCUGGUGAAAUCUGCUCAAUUUGCUCGGGAAGUGGAGUUCGUCGAAGCAAAAAUUCCACAAGGUCGUGGAUGA